CUCUCUCUCUCUCUCUCUCUCUCUCUCUCUCUCUCUCUCUCUCUCUCCCUCCCUCUUAUUGGCCAUAAACACACAAAUAAACCCUUGACCGGACAAUGCGGACAUCCGUGAUGACCUUUCUGCAAAGUAUCCUCACUCCACUGCAGUUCCCACCGUGCAACUAAUUACCUAGUACUUCCGCCCCGUUCCGACAGCUAUCAUCUGAGUUACAUCCUAGUCUACUCGUAAGUCUACCUAAGUAUGUAUGAUCUGUCGUUCUAGAAGUGAAAAAGUUCCUGAACAUCUUGGACAUCUUGACUCUUGAGCAUCCUUCAUGAUUCUUCCCACAGAUCGUCCAUAGGUGCGUUUUAGGUGAAAACGCACAAAUCACAAUCAUCAUCAGCCUUAAGAGCCAAAGUAUAAUCGACUGACGUCCUAUGAAGUCAACAAAUAGAAUGUUAACAAAUGUUCAAAUCCGAUCAUCCCAGAAAGUCUCUGAUCUCGAAUGUUGACAGGAUUUCUGCAUUGUCGGGUUCGUUUCACUCCCACUUCCACUUCCACGCCAACUCCCACUCCCACUCCUACUCUCAACUGUUGUUAAUGACUUCAGCUGUCCUUCUUGACCGCUUAUGUUGUGUCAGACGAUGAAGCCAUAAAGUCAUCUUCUCAUAGCUACUUGUUUCACUCAAUUAGGCGGACACAACAUAUCUUCUUACACUUACUUCAUGUUGUCCCUCUGACCCAUUUGAGGUUCUUGGUCGAACAAAGAUAAUUCUGGGAAUUGCAUGGAACUUUGGGUAACGGGACAUCCCUCUCUCCCUCGUACCUACUCGAGUAGCGUCAAUUGAUAUGAUCAAAAAGUCAACCAUCACAUGUCGUCGUGUGGUCGUGUUGUUGCUAAAAGAGAAAGGGACCUGGUGGACCUGAGUUGGGUUUAGUUCUAAUCAACGGAACGUCGGAAAUGUCAAGCUUUCCCCUCACAUCCCGUCCGUAAGUAACGCAGCGAGCGCAGGUAGGUAUGACGAAAAGAUCGAUCGCGUUUUCUCCUCAAGCUUCUCUCGUGGCUAUCCGAGAUUCAACUCCGAUAUGCAAACUUCUCUUCAAAUCAAACAUCAAUUGAGCCAGUCCUCAUUUUAAUAUCAAAGGUAUUAAUUUCCUGUUUUCAAACCUACCUGCAGCAAAUAUAAAGCCAUCAAUCAUUCUUAUGGCUACACAAAUAAUCUUAUAUCUUGUGUACACUCAUUGACGUAUCACAAUUCACCAACUCGUAAGAUUGACUUGAUUGCAAUAACAUCUCCUUUUCCUGCAAUAUUUCGUUACACUGUUCUGAUUGCUUUGUUCCUUUUUCUUUUUGGAACCGUUGACUAUUUUCUCGUCAUCUCUCAUCACAAGGCAACUUGCAUCAAUCAUUUCAACAAACGCGUACCUGGAUCUAUCAACAAUGUCCGUCCCCGGUAUUGCGCAGACGUCUCGUCGCCAUGAUACAGGAUAUUUGCCAAUUGAAAAUUAUGGUCUCAUUGGGAACAUGCGAACUUGUGCGUUGGUAGGUAUUGAUGGAAGUAUUGAUUUCAUGUGCUGGCCAGACUUCGAUUCUCCUUCAAUAUUUGGUAGACUUCUGGACAAAAACAAAGGUGGUCAUUUUUCCAUCUCACCUGCGAAUGGAGUUACUUUCAACACAAAGCAACAAUAUCUCCCGUCCUCCAACAUCCUACAAACUCGAUAUAUCCAUGAAGAAGGAGUUGUUGAUUUGAUUGACUUCUUUCCACGUCCAAAUCAUAGUCAUGUCGCAAAGAAAAGUUCCAUGCCUUUCCGGGAGACUGCAAAAGUUCAGGGCGAAUUAAAGAAAUGGCUGGUACGACGAGUCGAAUGUAUUCGAGGCAGCGUCGAUUUAGGUGAGAAAGAUCCAGAACACGGCGGUAGUCGUCAUAUCUCACAACUUUGUCUAGAUGUGGAGAUAUUCCCAGCCUUCAAUUAUGCCCGCGAUGAACAUGAUUUGGAAAUCCUCAUGCCGGAACAUCCUCCAGGAGCGCUUGAGAGUAAAACGGUCACCUUCUCCAGUAAAGAUUUGAAGCUUCAACUCGAUGUGACUAUUGAUCAUGGUGAGGAGAAUAUAGAUUCAUGCCCUUCCCUAAUAUUCCGCCGAGUAAGACAGAAGGAAGGUAAAGGUGACGGUGUUGUUGCAAACAUACGAUUACAAGAAGGUCAAGCUAUUUCAUUCGUCUUGCGUGAUGAUAUUCCGGAUCAUAUCACCAGGGACGUCACUACCGAAGUAUUAGAUACACAACAACACGACACCCAAAGAUAUUGGUCAAGUUGGAUUGGUCAAAGUAAAUAUACAGGUCGUUGGAGAGAGGUUGUGGCCAGAAGUUUAAUGAUUUUGAAAUUAUUGACUUAUGAGCCUACUGGUGCGAUCAUUGCAGCACCCACAUUCUCUAUUCCUGAAGACAUUGGAGGAGUUCGCAAUUGGGAUUAUCGCUACUCCUGGGUACGAGAUUCUAGUUUCACCAUUUACAUUCUACUCAGGAUGGGAUUUGUCGAUGAGGCAGAUGCAUACAUGAAUUUUAUCAGUGAUCGAUUCAGAUUGUCAAGGGGCCCAGAUGGUGCUUUGCCAAUCAUGUUCACAAUCAGGGGCGAGACUGAUAUCCCGGAACUUGAGCUUAGCCAUCUCUCUGGUUAUAGAGAUAGUGGACCUGUUCGUAUCGGCAAUGGUGCAGCUUUCCAUCAACAGUUUGAUAUCUAUGGUGAGCUUAUGGACGCUAUAUAUCUUUGGAACAAGUAUGGAAAGCCUGUCACAUGGGAUCAAUGGGUAGCAGUUCGAGAGAUUUUAGAUUAUGUUUUGAAAAUUUGGCAAGAUACCGAUAUGUCAAUUUGGGAAGUUCGAAGCAAGAAACAAAACUAUACAUAUUCCAAAGUCAUGCUUUGGGUAGCAUUUGACCGUGGAGUACGUCUUGCAGAGAAACGUUGUUUGCCAUGUCCGAAUAAAACAGAAUGGUUGAGGGUUCGUGAUGCUAUCUACGAGGAAAUUAUGCAGAAAGGUUACAAUACCGAAAAGCAAAUGUUCGUUCAAAGUUAUGAAUCACGCACUAUGCUCGAUGCUUCUAUUCUCAUCGCACCACUCGUCUUCUUCAUCUCUCCCAAUGAUCCUCGAUUCCUGAACACAAUCGAUAAAAUCCUUCUUUCUCCCGAAAAAGGAGGACUCACAGAAACUGGUCUCGUCUUCCGUUACAAUACCUCUACAUCUGAAGAUGGUGUAGGUGGUCGUGAAGGUGCAUUUUCUAUGUGUACCUUCUGGUUGGUUGAAGCACUUACCAGAGCGGGUGUUUAUGAUAGAAAGUAUCUGGUAAAGGCAGUUAACAUAUUCGAAAAUAUGUUAAGUUUUGGUAAUCAUUUGAGUAUGUUUAGUGAGGAGAUUGCGAGGAGUGGUGAGCAACUGGGGAAUACGCCACAGGCAUUUAGUCAUUUGGCUUUGAUUAGUGCAGCAUUCAAUUUAGAUCGGGCGACGAAAGGCAAGAAUUAGGAAGAUGUUGGAAUGGCAAAUGGUGGAAGGGAGAUGGUAUUUAGAUUGAUUCUGGGGAAUAACAACUAGACUGUUACGACUUUUACGAUAGGGGUGAGAAUGGAAAAUCCGGGAUGGAAAACUAAGACAGGAACUUUACAGUAUGGCAUUCAGGUUGGUACAAAAUUCGAGCUUCUACAUCAUUUAUCUACAAAAUACACAAUUGCUUCCAAUUUAUCCAAUAGGUAGAACCUAUCUAGCUUUUCACAG